AUGGCUCAACCAGCGAAAAUCCCGAUUCGGCUAUGGGGUGGCAGGUUCACAGGAGAAAUGGAUCCCCUGAUGGACCAAUACAACGAGAGCUUGUCCUUAGAUCGCGUCUUCUAUGCACAGGACAUCAGAGGCUCAAUCGCAUACGCCAGAGCAAACGUCAAGACAGGCAUUCUCACCCAGGAGGAGUUUGAGACGCUUGAGGAGGGGCUCAAGAAAGUUGCCAAGGAGUGGGAAGAGGGCAAGUUCCAGCCAGCGCCAGGAGACGAAGACAUUCAUACUGCAAACGAACGCCGCCUAGGCGAAAUUAUCGGGACACACAUCGCGGGGAAGUUACAUACAGGCCGCAGCCGCAACGACCAAGUAGCGACCGACAUGCGCAUGUGGCUCCGUGACGAGCUAGAUCUAAUUGAGGAGUACCUUAUCGAUCUCCUCAAGGUCAUUGCCCAGCGUGCCGAGCAAGAUAUCGACUACAUCAUGCCGAGUUACACACAUCUCCAAAGGGCACAGCCUAUCCGAUGGAGCCAAUGGCUUCUCAGCUAUGCCACGGCAUUCGAAUCCGACCUCGAGCGCAUACGAUUUACCAGGAAAAAUGUCAACAAACUCCCUCUUGGCUGCGGUGCCGUUGCUGGAAAUGCCUUUGGUAUCGAUAGGGUGCAGCUGGCAAAAGAACUAGGGUUCGAGGGUCUCAUUAUGAACAGCAUGUCUGCAGUUGGCGACCGAGACUUCGUCGUUGAGAUGCUGCAGUGUGCAUCCACUAUUGGCAGCCACUUAUCGCGCUGGUCGGAGGAUCUUAUUAUCUACAGCUCCCUUGAAUUCGGGUACGUUAGGCUGGCAGACGCAUACACCACUGGUAGCUCCUUAAUGCCACAGAAGAAGAACAGUGACUCCCUUGAGCUCUUGCGUGGAAAGUCUGGGAGAAUAUUUGGACAAAUGGCCGGCCUGAUGAUGAGCAUCAAGGGUAUCCCAUCCACGUAUAACAAGGACUUGCAGGAGAGUUUGCUGCCGAUGUUUGAUACUGUCAAGACCUUGAAGGACAGUCUCCAGAUUGCCGCGAGGUCACUAGCUACGGCAACGGUUUUCCCGGAUAAGAUGCGUGCCGCGCUAAGCCCAGACAUGUUGGCAACGGAUCUUGCCGAGUAUCUAGUCAGGAAGGGUGUGCCAUUCCGUGAGACUCACCACUUGGCAGGCAAGAUGGUCGCAUUUGCCGAAGAUGAGAACAAAGGGAUGGACGAACUCACCGUUAAGCAGUAUCAAGGUAUUGACAAGAGGUUUGGCGACGACGUGCUUAGCGUGUUCGACUACGAGCGAUCUGUGGAGUUGAAGGACACCACCGGCGGAACCAGUCGCCGUGCGAUCUUGGAGCAGCUGGCAGCACUGAAGAAGUCAUUGGGGGGCCGAUAA